CAAUUGUAAUUUGCAUUUUAAAUAAUGCCUUGGUAUUCGGUAAGACGAGAUUUCCGUUUCGAAACGGGAAGAAGUUGUAAUGUCGUUCGUAUUCGUAUUGGAUAGAUCAACCAGAGCGAAUUCAUCGACCGGUGCGAUAUACAUCAAAGACAGACUGAAAGAUAUCAAGGAGCAUUUAAUGUUACAACAAGUUUCUCAGUUGUUCAAAGAUGUGUUUGAAUAGAUGUGACAUAGCCACUAUAUUCCUAAUCAUUGCUUCACUUCAAAUUUCUGUCGAUUUCACUAGGGCAAGCUAUGAAGAUAGAACAAAAACAGCGAAUGGCAAUUUUCAGAUAUCCGAGAGGACCAAUUCAAGUCGACUGAGGUUCGCCAUGCAGGGUUCGAUCUCCUUUAAUACUGAAAAAGUAACAGCAACGCCUAAUUUACCAACAUUUCAGUCUUCCGCGUUAUUGUCAACAUCGGUUACGUUCACCAAUUCAUCAACAAAUUGCUCAACACGAGGAACGGGUGAAUAUGGCAGCAAAAAAACUAUAAACAACUCAAACAAGAGAAACCUUAUCGGGUUUUUUGUGUUCUGUUCGACAAAAACAGCCUUUGAAGUACGCUACACAAAUACAACUUCAGUAUGUGCCUGCGGGGAGGCCAACAUAACGUUUGUUCGCUGCAAGGAAAAAUUAAAUUUGAAUUUCACCGUCCACAUAUCUGUUAAAAAACAUUCAAAUCAUAGAACAGAUUGCCUUUUUCGCUUUGUUUACAAAGACGACAUCCGGUCGCCGAGAGAAUAUUUCAAAAUUAAUGGAGAAAAUACUUCAAGACCCUAUAUCGAUGAGUUAACUUCUUUUAUUGCAACACCUGUUCAUUACUCCGCCUUUCAUAUGGAAGUUUCAAGCAUCACAAAAUCAAUUUUCACCAUUUCUAAUACGUCUCUGAUUGGUUCGUUACUGACAAAUACGACGAUUUUUAUUAAAGCAAGAAAUGUCUCGUUGGAUGCAAGUUAUCGAAGUUCAAUUCUCUUUGGUACUAAAAAUGCAGCACUUAAACUUUCUCUUAUUCGGACUUCGGGUUCACUUACCCGGCGAUUGUCUGUCAACCCUUCUAUGCUCCUGAGUUCAGUUACUGUUACCCCUUCUCUGGAAAAAACCCCGCAAACUCUAAAAACGUCCAUAUUUGUGAAAAGCUCACCAACUUCUCGUCAAAAUUAUUCCAACCGCUCAACUUCCCCCGACGAAGGCAAAAAAGAUAAAUGCAACAAUACAUUCUACACAGUCAGUAAAUUUAUCGAAAAGAGUAAUAAAAGAGAAUUGUUUCUUGGUUUCUUCUUAAACUGCAGACAAACAGCAGUUUUCGAAGUGUAUGCGAAUGGAACAUCGUGUGUGCGUGAUCGAUCCAGCUUAAAGUUCUUCGCUUGCCAAAAAAAAUUGCCUUUUAACAUGAAUAUAACUGUUUGCACAGGAGAACAGAGAUGGCCUCGAAAGCGUUUUUGUAAUUUUUAUCUUGUUUUCGAGGAUCCUUUAAUAUCUUCCGUAAUAACUUUGCCAGAGUGGAGUGUACCCGCUGCUAAGCCUAUUUCUAACUCUAUACAACCGCGCAUUACAAGUACAGAUUCUGUGAUAGAUGUAGCGUCUUCUGUUGAUCAGCUGUCUAUCAUGUCUUCAAGCGUGGUUGCAUUUAAAAAUUCGUCAGAAGAGUCGAUUCCAGUAAGAUUCACCUCGCCAAAACCAAUAUUGUCGGAAAGAUUUAUCCAGUCAAACACUGGAAGAGUGCUCACGUCAGCAACUUCCACACCGCUACUAAAAACUUCACGUCCUAUUGAAGCGAGUCCAAUUAUUUUGGUAACCCAGGAUUCAAACUCAGUUACGGUUAGUCUUGGCAUCUCGCCAUCGUUAAUGAAAAACAGCGCGAUUCAAGACACCACCUCAAGUCCUUUAAUACAAGCUACGCCAAGUAUAUCUAGCGUAGUUUCUACAACCACAUUGUCUCCUGAUAAAGAAGAGGAGAAAAAACUGAAAAAAGGAUAUGAAAUCUCGUUUAGAAAAUAA